CCGAAUUGUUUGCAUCCGAUCUGGGCCAACACAAACACAACAACCUUUAUCCUCAUCAUUCCGCUUAAUCAACUUUCGCCAGUCAAUCUUGCGUCGAGCAAGGCUGCUCGCGUGCGCAAUGUCGCAGGAGCAGCAUAUGUUUGGGGCAAGGCCUCAACCUCCACCGCCAUCAAAUUCAUACGUUCCCCGACAGCAAGAAUAUGACGACCGUCUGCAGCAACAACCGUUCUACACAGGAUCUACCACUCACCUUAUGAAUCCUAGUGUCCAACAAUUCCAAGAUUAUGAAUCCAACCAUAGUCGCCCUGAGCUCUCUCUUCCCGAGACAAAUCCAUUUUUUCAACCAAGUGAGCAUUCAGCGGCGCCUUCCUAUGACUCGCACUCGGAAGGCCCGCCCGCCUUUGGGUCGGGGACGGUGGAACCUUAUCCAGCGUGGACCACCGAGCGCCAGGUCCCACUCUCAACCGAGGAAAUCGAAGACACGCUUUGGGACUUGCAAACAAAGUUUGGUUUUCAGCGAGAGUCAAUGCGGAACGUUUUUGACUUCCUGAUGCAACUGCUAGACAGUCGCGCAUCACGAAUGACACCCAAACAGGCCCUUGCAACCAUUCAUGCUGAUUAUAUCGGGGGUCCUCAUGCUAACUAUCGGAAAUGGUACUUUGCCGCCCAACUUGAUCUUGACGACUCUAUCGGUCGGGCAAAUAAUCCAGGGUUGCAACGGGCGAAAACCAUCGUUAAAGGCGCCCAGCCGGAUUCGAAACUCAUAGCUGCAAUUGAUCGUUGGCGUUCUGCAAUGAACAACAUGAGUGACUAUGACCGUCUUCGACAGGUUGCUCUUUUUCUCCUAUGCUGGGGCGAAGCAGCGAACGUGCGCUUUGUACCUGAAUGCCUUUGCUUCAUUUUCAAAUGCGCGGACGAUUAUUACCAAGAGGUUCCCGAGGGUCGUUAUUUGAGCAACGUGAUUAAGCCACUUUACACCUUUCUCCGUGAUCAGGGAUACGAGGUUAACGACGGCAAAUUUGUUCGGCGGGAAAAGGAUCACGCUGAGAUUAUUGGAUAUGACGAUGUUAAUCAACUUUUCUGGUAUCCAGAGGGUCUAGGGCGCAUUGUGCUCAGAGACAGGUCUCGAUUAAUUGACACGUCACAAGCCCAACGAUUUCUUAAAUUCGACAGAAUAGAUUGGCAGGCCACAUUCUUUAAAACUUACUAUGAGAAGCGCUCAUACAGACAACUUGCCGUUCACUUCAACCGUAUAUGGGUCCUUCACAUCGCCGUUUUCUGCUAUUUCGUUGCCUAUAACUCCCAGGUUAUGUACAGGAAAUUUGAUGGGACGGAGCCGACACCUGCCAUGAUUUGGUCGGCAUCAGCGCUUGGAGGGGGUAUUGCCACUCUUAUCAUGAUUAUCGCCACUCUUUGUGAAUUCACCCUCGUGCCAACUACAUGGCACAACGCGUCACAUCUUUCGACCCGGCUGUUAUUUCUGUUAGCAACUUUGGCGCUUACUGCUGGACCAUCUAUCUGGGUCGUUAUUAUAGACGCAGGUAGAACAACAAGCAAAAUACCUCUCAUUAUCGGUGUCCUUCAAUUCCUCAUCUCGGCUGUUGUAACCGCUGCUUUUGGCAUUAUCCCUUCUGGGCGAAUGUUUGGUGAUCGAGUUUCGAGCAAAUCACGGAAAUAUUUGGCCAGUCAGACUUUCACUGCAAGUUACCCGGCUCUGGACAGCACGUCGCGGACAGCAUCUUACAUUCUAUGGGUCCUCGUUUUUGGGUGCAAAUUCGUGGAAUCCUACUUUUUCCUGAUUCUAUCAUUCAAAAAUCCCAUCACCGUGAUGGUUGGAAUGAAGAUUCAACGGUGCUCGGACAAAAUCCUUGGUAGUCUUCUGUGCGCGAAUCACGCUACAUUUACAUUGGCUCUGAUGUUUGUGACGGACCUCCUUCUCUUUUUCUUGGAUACGUAUCUUUGGUACAUCAUCUGGAAUACGGUGUUCAGUAUUGGCCGCUCCUUUGCCUUGGGCUUGUCUAUCUGGACUCCAUGGUCGGAGAUUUUUACACGGUUGCCGAAACGGAUUUACGCGAAACUUCUGGCUACAGGAGAUAUGGAGGUGAAAUACAAACCCAAGGUCCUCGUUUCUCAAAUCUGGAACGCAAUUGUCAUAUCUAUGUAUCGGGAACAUUUACUCUCCAUCGAACACGUCCAACGUCUGCUAUAUCAUCAGGUCCAAGGCCCAGAUGGGAGAAGAACGCUUCGUGCACCACCAUUCUUCCUCUCAUAUAGUGAUUCCCAAUACAAAGGGAAAUUCUACCCUCUGGGUAGCGAAGCAGAACGGCGAAUUUCAUUCUUUGCACAGUCCCUCACUACCGCCAUUCCUGAGCCCCUUCCUGUGGACGCCAUGCCAACUUUCACCGUUCUUACUCCGCACUAUUCCGAAAAAAUUCUGUUGUCCUUACGAGAAAUCAUUCGCGAGGAGGAUCAAAAUACUCGCGUCACGUUGUUAGAGUAUUUGAAGCAACUCCAUCCGAUCGAAUGGGACAACUUCGUUAAGGAUACAAAAAUCUUGUCUGAGGAAGAAGCCCAAUCAGAAGGGCAGGACCUUUCUGAAAAAUCCUCCCAAGGCAAGGCGGACGAUUUGCCCUUUUACUGCAUUGGGUUCAAGAGUUCAUCGCCGGAAUACACACUCCGCACGCGAAUCUGGGCAUCGUUGCGAGCUCAAACAUUAUACCGCACCGUUUCGGGUAUGAUGAACUACGCGAAAGCGAUCAAACUUCUUUACCGAGUCGAGAACCCUGAAGUGGUUCGACUGUACGGUGGCAAUACGGACAAAUUGGAAGAAGAGCUCGAGCGUAUGGCGAGGCGGAAAUUUAGGUUUUGUGUUUCGAUGCAACGGUACUCCAAGUUCAACAAGGAGGAAAUGGAGAAUGCGGAGUUUUUACUUCGUGCUUAUCCUGACCUACAAAUCGCCUACCUCGAUGAAGAACCAUCCAAGGUUAAAGGUGGUGAAACCCGUUUGUUUUCUGCACUUAUCGAUGGUCAUUCGGAGGUCAUACCUGAAACUGGGAGGCGUAAGCCCAAAUUUCGGGUGGAGCUGCCUGGUAACCCCAUUUUGGGCGAUGGGAAAUCGGAUAACCAAAAUCAUGCCAUCAUCUUCUACCGCGGGGAGUUCCUGCAGCUCAUAGAUGCGAAUCAGGACAAUUACCUCGAAGAGUGCCUCAAAAUUCGUAACGUGCUCGGCGAGUUUGAGACGUAUAAUCUAUCUCAGCAAAACCCGUAUGCCCAGUGGGGUCAAAAGGAGUUCUCGAAGGCGCCCUAUAUCUUCUCCGAGAACAUUGGUAUCCUCGGUGACAUUGCCGCUGGAAAAGAACAAACCUUUGGUACUCUUACCGCCCGAGCGUUAGCUUGGGUCGGUGGAAAGCUUCACUAUGGUCAUCCGGAUUUCAUCAAUGCGACUUUCAUGAACACUCGUGGAGGGAUUUCCAAAGCACAGAAAGGCCUUCAUCUCAACGAAGAUAUUUUCGCUGGCAUGAAUGCAUUCGCGCGCGGGGGAUGCAUCAAGCAAUCGGAGUACUAUCAGUGUGGAAAAGGGCGAGAUCUUGGUUUCGGUACUAUCCUAAAUUUCCAGACCAAGAUUGGUACUGGUAUGGGCGAGCAAAUGCUCAGUCGGGAAUAUUAUUACCUUGGUACUCAACUACCUAUCGACCGCUUCUUGACGUUCUACUACGGCCAUCCUGGAUUCCAUAUCAACAAUAUCUUGGUCAUCAAAUCUGUGGAAAUAUUCAUUGUGGUUCUUGUCUUCCUUGGCACUUUAAACAAGCAGCUCACCAUUUGCCAGUACAACUCUCAAGGAAAUCUUAUCGGAGGACAGCAAGGGUGCUACAAUCUUGUCCCCGUAUUUGAUUGGAUUCGCCGGUGUAUUGUCAGUAUCUUCCUCGUAUUCUUUAUUGCGUUCUUGCCGCUGUUCCUCCAAGAACUCGUGGAGAGAGGAACAGGCAGUGCUCUUGUUCGCCUCGCAAAACACUUUCUGUCAUUGUCCCCGAUUUUCGAAGUGUUUUCUACACAGAUCUAUACGAACUCCAUCCUUUCUAACUUGACCUUCGGAGGUGCUCGUUACAUCGCUACUGGCCGAGGUUUUGCCACAACCCGAAUCUCUUUCGCUAUCCUGUACUCGCGAUUCGCCGGCCCAAGUAUUUACAUGGGCAUGCGUAUUCUUAUCAUGCUCCUGUACGCCACCAUGGCGAUUUGGAUGCCACACCUUGUCUAUUUCUGGGUCUCGGUACUGGCCCUCUGCAUCGCCCCAUUCGUCUUCAACCCUCAUCAAUUUUCCUUUGCGGACUUCAUUAUCGACUACCGCGAAUUCUUGCGCUGGAUGUCUCGAGGAAAUUCCCGCUCACACGCCAACUCAUGGAUUGGAUACUGUCGAUUAUCCCGAACACAAAUCACAGGUUUCAAGAAGAAGCGUCUUGGACAUCCCUCUGAAAAGCUCUCAGGAGAUGUUCCGCGCGCGAGCUUCCGAGCUCGUCUUAUUUCAGAGAUCCUUAUUCCAUGGCUUGGCGCGUUCAUGUUUGCGCUUUGUUAUAUGUUCGUCAAGUCUUUCCCAACCAAAGGCAGCAAUCCCAACACCAGUCCAAUAAUCCGACUCCUAGUUGUCUCAGUUGGGCCUCUUGCAUGGAAUGCGGUAGUUUUAAUCGCCCUUUUCGUCGUAUCGGUAACAAUGGGACCUAUGCUCAACUCUUGUUGUGUGAGGUUUGGAUCAGUGAUGGCGUCCAUUGCUCACGGAUUGGCGCUCUUCGGUUCGUUCGGUUUGUGGUUCCUUGAGCUUUGGGAUGCAUCACAUGCGGUCCUUGGUGUUAUCGCUACCAUCGCUAUUCAGCGGGCGAUUCAGAAGUUCUUGAUUGGUUUCUGCAUUACCCGUGAGUUUAAACACGAUGAAACGAAUCAAGCUUGGUGGACUGGAAAAUGGAUCGGACGAGGGUUUGGCGCACACAUCAUGUCUCAACCGGCUCGUGAAUUUUUAGUCAAGAUUGUGGAACUAUCGUUAUGGAGUGGUGACAUGCUUCUGGCUCACUUCCUUCUGCUCAUUCUCACCCCACCCGUCCUUAUCCCUUACAUUGACCGUGUCCACGCUACCAUCUGGUUACGACCGUCGAAGCAGAUCCGAGCUCCCCUUUACUCCAUGAAACAGAAACGACAGCGCCUAUACGUGAUCGCGAUGUCUAUCGUUAUUGGAGCAAUAGCACUGCCUGCUAUCUUUAGAAGUACGGUUCGCCUCAACUGCACGGUCUGCACGCGGCUGUGAGAUGCCCGCAUUCAUCACUUUUGCAUGUUUAUGGACAUUCGUUUCCUUGCACGCAUUUUACACAUCAUCUUUGUAUUUGAUUAAUUUUGCACUUUUGUCUCGAGGACAGUCGGCCAAUCUUAUACCAUUCUGG